GCAAGAAAGCUUCUGUAGAUGUCAGUCGGCAUUUCCCCAGUGCUUGUUGAACACAAAUGGAGAGCCUUGGCAGUAGGAAUGGAUGAUAUAUGUGUGCGAUCUUGUCAAGGUGGAUCUAACUGCUGAGCACCCAGCACUCCGACAGCUGAGACCGACGCUGAGACCCCAGCACAAGUGCCCUGAACACCUAUGGAGACCAGCCCGCCACUUGGUGGCAGGUUGGUUACAUGGAGCCCUGCCGUCAUGGAGUGGGCAGGGAUUUGCCUUCUGUGGAGAAAGCAUUUAUUCCAGGAUGUCCCGUUCUAUGGAUCCACUGGCAAAGAAGAUCUUUAAAGGAGUAUUAGUAGCUGAACUUAUGGGCGUUUUUGGAGCAUAUUUUUUGUUUAAUAAGAUGAACACAAGCCAAGUUUAUUACAAAUCCAUUGAACACUCUGGAAUGUAUGGAAUCAGAGAGCAAGAUCAAGAAAAAUGGCUGAGCAGUAAAAAUUAGGCAUUUGACCAUCAAUCAAAGUUUGCUCUAUUUCAAAGUAUCUGGCAAGAUUAAAAUUAUGAAAUUGACACAGAUAUAUUUUAAAUAUUUAAGGUUAACUGUAAAUUCUAAUUAAGUCAGAGGUUUUGUUCCUUGGAGUAACUGUGAAGAAGUGAUGGAGGGUUUGUUUAUUGUGUUAUGACUAGAGUUUUGUUUAUUACUUGAAAUAAAGCGGUUCUUUAAAAAAACCUCCCCUAUAAUUCUAAAUAUAUAAACCUUUCAACACAGAAGAAAUAAUAAAACAUUUUUAACAUUU